CUCUCUCCUUCUACCUGCGUCCCCCCUCCCUCCCUCCAUCCCUCCCUCCGUCCGUCCCUCUCCUCUCCCCCCUCUCGGUACGGACAUGCUCCCGGGGCUCCGGAGAUGAGGCUCCGAAAUGUCUCCUUCCUGACGGUCUUGUUGUUCGGACUGUGCGGGCUGGUCUCCCUGUCCUGGUACACCGCCUUCAGCAGCUCCAGAGGAGAUGUGGUGGAUAUCUACCAGCGGGAGUUCCUAGCGUUGAGGGAGCGCCUCCACUCGGCCGAGCAGGAGAACCUGCGUCGCUCCAAAGAGCUGAACCUGGUCUUGGAGGAGAUCAAGAGGGCCAUCGCUGAGAAACAGGCGCUGAGGGACAUCAACCGCACCUGGAGCAGCCUCUCAGAGGAGACAAGGCUGAAGUUGUGGAAUGUGAGCAGCAGUAAAAACGUGCUGCAGCUUCCCUCCAUCUUCCAUCACCUUCCUCACCUGCUGAACCGCGAGGACAGCCUGCUGCCCGCCGUGCACCUGGGACAGGGGCGCACUGGAGUGUCCAUAGUGAUGGGGGUCCCAAGUGUGAAGAGGGAGGUUCACUCUUACCUGACCGACACGCUGACGUCUCUGAUGUCGGAGCUAAGCGCGGCCGAGAAGGAGGACUGCGUCAUCGUGGUCCUCAUCGCUGAGGCUGACCAGCAGUAUGCCAGCAGUGUAGCAGACAACCUGAAGCGCAUUUUUCCAGCAGAGAUCCAGGCAGGUCUGUUAGAGGUCGUUUCUCCGUCCGUUCACUUCUACCCUGACUUCUCUCGACUGCGAGAGUCCUUCGGAGACCCCAAGGAGAGAGUCAGGUGGAGGACGAAACAGAACCUAGAUUACUGUUUCCUGAUGAUGUACGCUCAGACAAAAGGAACUUAUUACGUCCAGUUAGAGGACGACAUAGUUGCCCGUCCGAACUACUUCACCACCAUGAAGAACUUUGCGUUGCAGCAGCCGUCAGAAGAGUGGAUGAUCCUCGAGUUUUCUCAGCUCGGCUUCAUCGGUAAGAUGUUUAAGUCUUUGGACCUGUCGCUCAUCGUGGAGUUCAUGCUCAUGUUCUACAAAGACAAACCCAUCGACUGGCUGCUCGACCACAUCAUGUGGGUCAAAGUGUGCAAUCCAGAGAAGGAUGCAAAACACUGUGACAGACAGAAAGCCAACCUGAGGAUCCGGUUUAAACCUUCUCUCUUCCAACACGUCGGCACGCACUCCUCUCUCGCCGGGAAAAUACAGAAACUCAAGGAUAAGGACUUUGGGAAACAGACCCUCCAUAAAGGUCACGCCAACCCGCUGGCCGAGGUGACGACCAGCCUGAAGACCUACCAGCACUUCACCUUGGAGAAAGCCUACCUGGGGGAGGACUUCUUUUGGGCGUUCACACCUGUAGCGGGGGACUUCAUACGGAUACGGUUCUUCACACCUGUCCGCAUCGAGAGGUAUUUCUUUCGGAGUGGAAACAUUGAACAUCCAGGAGACAAACUUUUCAACACAUCGGUGGAGGUUCUGCCCUUCGAUAAUAUUCAGGCAGAGAAAGAGGCCUUGACAGAAGGGAGGGAGAGAACGCCAAAGUACCAUCGGACAGAAGACGGAUUCAUCAGAAUAGGAAACUUCCAGAAAGGCAUUGCAGAGGGGGAGGUUGACCCCACCUUUGGGCCCCUGGAGGCGAUGCGUCUCUCGGUGAUAACUGACUCACCGGUCUGGGUGAUCCUCAGCGAGAUCUUCAUAAAGAAAGCAGACUGAAUCUCUGCCCCCCCCAACCCCCUCACUGUUACCUCAGCUCCUCCGAGUGUUCAGCCGAGCCAACCGGAGGCCAGUCAGCUGCCGUCCCGCUGACCAGAACCCCAACGCGGUGCCACAGUGCCGCCAUCUGGACGGACCUCAAUACUGCAGGGCUGCAGAGACUGGAAACACAGACCACACAGACGGACUGUGGACGUGAAGAGAGAGAGAGAGAGACAAUGCUGUAUUUAACCCUGAAGAGUCUGUAUUUAUGUGUACAUACAGUAAGUAAAUGUUGAAACACUGGUGAUAGUCCAAUCAUCACUUCUGAUGAUCAAACUGCUGCUUCUAAAGACUCAAAGGCCUCUUUCUAUCCGGACCUUUCUACCAACACCGGUGGCCCCACAGUAUGUGCGUAUAGAGCUGUACACACUUCAUAUGAAUGCCCUCUCAGUGUGUGUGUGUGUAUGUGUGUGUGUGUAGUCGCUGCUCGGGGUUCUGUCCUCCCAUCAGAGAGCAUUUUGCCUUAAAGAAGACGAAGAAGAGCCCUGAAACACUGCAACAUGUAGCGACAACAGUACCCACAAUCCUUUGCUGCGACCUCGGACCUUUUCACAUCUUUGUGGCUUGAAACUACUGAUGACAGCUGUUCUUUUACUUUUUUAAUGAAGUUUUUUUUAAGUUGAUUUAUUUUGAGUUUACUGAGGCCUUUUCAAUGACAACUGCUCUGUUAGAUUCUGCAGUUCUUUAACGUACUUAAACAUACGACACAGUAAAGUCCAGUACUGUACUGUAUGCAAUUUACUUCACUGUAAGGUUGUCACCAUACCAGAAUUUUAAACUUGAUAGUGAUACCUCCUUGACAAUAGAAGAAAAAAUAAAAGUCCUUGUCACCCAA